AGUCUCGAGGUGUGUCCUUCUCGGCGGUUGGAAGUGUUAUCCGACAUUUAAGAGGUUGUUGGGGGUAGGGUGAAGUAAAGAGAGCCAACGUAGAGACCGUCGAAGGAACACAGAGAUGGCUCUAACUCGGUUAUUGUCGCUUCUGCUUAUUUUCUGCUACUUUUCUGCCUCAAAUGCCAAAGGUAAAAGUCGGGGGUUCUUUGGGGUUGUGGACCCUGAAAACUCAGGACGAGUAAUUGUGGAUCACACAACAUCAGACACGCUGAAGAGUAGCCUCACCACAGUCUUUCUCCCAAUCAUUUACAUCAUCGUGUUUGCAGUGGGACUUCCAGCCAACGGCAUGGCCAUCUGGGUCUUCCUGUUCAGGACCAAGAAGAAGCACCCGUCAUCCAUCUACAUGGCCAACCUGGCUCUGGCUGACCUGCUCUUUGUCAUUUGGACGCCCCUAAAAAUUGCCUACCACUUAAACGGCAACAACUGGACCUAUGGAGAGCCGCUGUGCAAAGUCCUUGUGAGCUUCUUCUACGGGAACAUGUACUGCUCCGUUCUGUUCAUCACCUGCCUCAGUGUGCAGAGGUACUGGGUUGUGGCUCACCCUCUGUCCCAGCAGAGGAAGAACAACAAAGUGGCUGUUGGUGUUUGCGUAGCCAUCUGGGCUUUUAUCUGGCUCACCACCACCCCUCUGUACCUGUAUGACCACACCGCCAAGCUCAAAGAACCCAACAUAACCACCUGCCACGAUGUCAACAUCAUACAUGACCCCCAAAAUCCAUUCCCCUCUGUCCAGCUCCCGUACUACUACUUCAUCUUCAUGGCUAUGGUUGUGUUCCUCGUCCCGUGUGUAGUGAUCGUUGUGGCCUAUAUUCUGCUUCUCAGGGCUCUAGGGAACAGCAUGGAUGAUAGUUCGGCUGCAAAGAACCGACACAGAGCUGUGGUAUUGAUCGUGACCGUCUUGGUGACAUUUCUGGUAUGUUUCAUCCCCAGCAACAUCAUGCUGGUGGUGCAUUACUCCCUCCUGAAGGAUGGAGUGAUCAAUAAUGGCUACAGCUUCUACAUCUCCACAUUAUGCCUGGCCAGCCUCAACAGCUGCCUGGACCCAUUCAUCUACUACUUUGUGUCUGAGGACUUCAGAAACCAUGUGAAGAACACGUUGUUGUGCAGGAGCAGCAGGACUGUGGAGAGGAUGAGAGUUUCAUUCAGUUCCAUGAAAUACUCCAGGAAGAGCAAGUCAUACGUGUCAGAAAGUGGGAACACACAGAGCAGUACCUGUUAGCCAGAUGAAGAAGGAGAUAUCAUGCGACAUGCUUGUGCUUGCUUGCACUCUAGUGUACCGAUAAAAUUGCAUUGUACACACAGUGUGUCACUGGGACACACUAGAUAGGCCUGUGAUAAUGGACAUUAGGGCCAUCAUUUGCAACCAGGUAACCUCAAAGCAUCAAAUAACCAAAGAUGAACUCUAAAUGUGAAGAUGCCAGGACUUGGAUGAGAAAGCAAUAUGUUUUAAGUUAUAUACAACUUCAUUAUGAACUGUUGUCUGGUGUUAAAAUGUGAAACAAUAUACAUAUUUUCAUUUAUCAUAUAUAGAAAUGGAGUUCAGUGCCUUAGUCCUCUUGGCUGCACAGAUACAGAUAAAUGUGGUUUUUGCCAAGAUUUUGACUGAGUAGUUCAUUGCACUGAACAUUUAAAGUUUAUAAUAUCUGUUAAAAAAAAAAAAAAAGAGCCACAUUAAUCUAAUGUGUACAGAGCAUUAGAGCGUAAUAUUUAUCCCUGCUUUUUGUGUUGUCUGUUCCUGCAGCAAGUUUUAAUUUGUUGUUUUAAACCACUUACAUGAAGAAAAUUGUGUGGUAUUGUUACAUAGUUUCUUAAAUAAAUGAUAAAACAACAGGAGUUGUUUCUGGAGCAGUUUCUGUGAAACUCCUUUACACUAUUGCGUAACCGAUUAAAGUUGUGUGCCUCUGA